CAGAUGACUACAAUCACAGGCUGAAUGGAAAGGAAAACCGACGCGCUUUGUGCGAAGUGACUGUCGACAGAAUAUGCAUAGAAAUUGUGAGUUGACUGACGCAAGAUGUCACUUGUGGAUGUAAUUAUUCAUUAUAAAAAGUGAGGGGAAUGGAGAAUGAUGAACUUCCGUCAGCGGAUCGGAUGGACAGGUAUGGGGCUGUACCUGUUGCUAAGCGUGGCCGCCUUCUACUACCUCUUCGAGAUCAACCAGACGUACAACCGACUAACUCUGGACUACGUGGAAGAGGCAGCCAAAGAACCAUCAGUGGCGACGGACCCCGGAGCUUCAUCCUCUCUAUCUUGGAACCACAGCUUGAAGACGCGGCUCCUCACUUUCCCGUUCUGGCUGUGGAUGAUCAUUUUGCUCGUUCCGUACCUACAGGUGUUCCUUUUUCUCUAUUCCUGCACCCGCCCGGACCCCAGGACCGUCGGCUACUGCAUCCUGCCAAUCUUUAUGGCAAUGCUCUGUAAUCGGCACCAGACCUUUUCCAAGGCUUCCAAUCAGAUUAGCAGGCUGCAACUGAUUGAUACCUAAAAAGUUGUGGAGACCGGUGUGCCCAUGUGAGAUUUAGUGGCAACUAGCCUACUUUUAAGUGCUUUUUGGCAAUUAAAUGCUUUAUUCAAGGCAUUUAUUGGCUAUACAGUCCACAAUUUGAGAACUUAAAUGGAAUGUGAACGUUUUAGAAGCAUGAACAAAUCGUUGCAGCACAUUGCAGGUUUGGCAAAUAAGAUAACUGCAUACCUGAAGCUGCAGCAAUACCUUUUCCCAUCACCAGUCCAGCAAAGGUUAUGUUCCCAGCCCCAUGACAUGCCCAAAGGACACCUCCUAACAAGUGUUGCAAAACCUCGCAAAACGUUCAGGGUGAAUCUCCUGUUAAGUUGACAGACAUUUUAAAGACUGAAAUUGGCUGUGACUCUCCAGGAUUGCGGCUUAAUUCCUGCCUAAAUCAUUAGAUGAGAAACUCAAAUUCAGUACGCACUACAAAGGCACAUUGCCUAAUGGUCUUGGGAACAUCAGAUUUUUCAGAUUCUCACACUCCAGUGAUCUGUUGAUACCUUUGCAUGUAUUGCUGAUAUUGAUAUUGCCUUUUUAUUGGCGAAAUUGAUAAGGAAUGGGAAUAUUGACAGUAUGUUAUUCCACACCUUUCUGUAUUUAUUUCCUCUUACUGAGGAAAACCAGGGCCGAAUUUACACGGACAGAAGAGCCUGUUGCAAUUACAAGCUACAGCAAUCAAAAAAGCCAUUCCAUCGAUUUGUUUCUCCUUGUUUAAAUUUCUAGGUUUAACUGUACAUCAAGAUCAGGGGUGCACAACUCCGGUCCUGGAGGGCUGGUCUGCGAGCUGGUUUUUGUUCCAACCAAUUACCUUAUUUUUUCUUUGACCGCUCUAGAAAUGAUGUUGGUUUACUCCUUUACUUCAGCACAGUAAAAUCUUUAGAAAACACUUGCAGUCUGUGGCUGUAGCUGGUGCAUAUACAAAUCAAGACAUUAUUUAACCAAUUAAGUCAUUAAGAGCAGAAGGUGGCACAAAAUCCUGAAGCGGAUCGGCCCUUGCUGUGCACCCCUGAUCAAGAUGCAAGUGGGAAUUGGGAAGUGGGAAGUUAACACCACAAGCCAGUCUCAGAAUUGACCUCAUUUGUGGGCAGGAUACACUGCAAAAGCUAGAUUUCUGUGAUUAACCGUGAAAAUUAUGUGGAUGGGGAAGCAGCUAAAGCAGACAACCAGGACCACAUUGAGCAUGCAUAAAGUCCAGGUUCAGAAAGUAAAAGUCCUCCUCAGGGUUUUGUUCCAAUCAUGUGGAUUUUACCAUUAGCAUAAUUAAUCAGCUAGAGAGGUAGAAGUGGAAUCAGCGGAGUUGAAGGGUGGAAAAAACACGGCAGGACUUUUACUUUCUGAUCCCUGGACUUUACACUGUCCAUAGUUAUCAAGGAGAUUGAUGUAAGGUGCAAAUCACAGACAGGACAUAUCAAGGUACAGUAGAUAUCAUCUGUGUCAAUACAUAUAUUAAAAAUAUAUGCUGUACAAGUUGCUUUGGACAAAUUGGGGUAAAGCAAAUAAAGUAAAAUGGAACAAAAUCUUUUAAAAUCCCAGAUCUAUGAAGGCUUAAAUAACUUAAACUCAAAAUGCUGUGACCGACUGAUUGGUGCAGUCAUUUGUUUAGAUGCUGGAAAGUCUGUUCAGCAUUUUGAUUCUUCUGAGUGGGUUUUUUUUCAGCAUUUGUAUUCCUCCUGAGUGGUUAAGUUUUCUACUUCCAUGUUUCUGAAAUUUUUCUCCAAAUGAUUGUUUCCUGCUGUAAGAAAUUACCACUUGUAUGUUGUCUUGCAAUGUUUUGUCUCAUUCCAAACGGUUCUCACAGCUCUCGGCCCAUGUGCAGUCAGUGUCAGAUGUGUACAUGUUUUAUGUUUGAAUAAAUGCCAAAAGUAGAGUGCCAUGCUUUCUAUACGCAACACCAUUCUGAGAAAAAGUGAUCAUUAACCGUACACAGAGAACACUGGAAACCUUUUGAGUGGGACCUUAUUUCCUGUUCAAUGAUUCACUUUACUGCACUUUUAGAAAUAACUUGUGUUUUGUCUUUCAUUUUUAAAAACUGUUUUAAUUUUAUUUUACAUCAUACUUUUUUGAUCUCACAAAACACCUUUGUGAAACUGUACUUGUGAAACUGUACACCUCAAUCUAUUUUUUGCCUUGCACUGUAAAUGAGAGCCAAACCUUCACAUACAUCUGUAAAUUACGUGUCUUUUGUAUUAUACUAAACCAGCAAGGUUAAUUUUGGCAACCUCGACCCCACUGUUCAAAUGGCAACAUCGUAGCCUGUUAAAUGUUGCAAUUUUACAUGCAACUCAGCACCAACUUUGUAUUAUGAAAUUUUAAUGUUUUGAGGGGUGGUCCAUAUACGAACGUUUAUAUAAUUGGGGGGAAAAAAAUACUCAAUCCUAGAAGAUAAUGAAGCACAAUGCCACUGGCAUCAAUUGGGAACUGCAGCAGAUGAUGUUGAGUCUAACCAAAGAAAUAUCCUCAUUGCUCAUGACUAGGAAGUACAGAUUCUGUGGAUCUGUUGGCUGUGGUCAAUAUUUUGAGUUGAUUGCAGUCAGGUUUUCAAAAAAUACUUGACAGUCCAAAUGUUCUAGAAAGUGCUUUAGAGUAUUUUUACCCUAACCAAUGAAUGAGCAUUUGUUUGGGUACUGUGUUUGCCUUUGAAAUCAAAAUGGGUACUGUGAAUGACAAAAACCUCCAUAUUUUCAGAAAAUAAAUGUGAGAAAAAAAAAGAA